CUUUCUGUAUUUAAUCAAAAAUGUGAUUUUAUUGACUGAUAAGGAAUUCCAGCCAGUUGAAGUGUGGUUUGCCUGUUAAGUAACCUGGAAAAGACCUGCCGUCUUUAUUUCUAUGAGUAAACUUCCUGUUACCUUUAGCCAACUGACAGCUGCAGUCAUGUGACACAAUCAACCAUUAACUUGGUGUCCCAUCAGUUCUUAGAACGUGUUAAGUGGGAGACGGCAAACUUCUGGCUAGUCAAAGUCUGGUAGCAAAGGCCAGGACGCCAUGGCAGCGGGGUCCCAGGGUCCACGUCUGCUUGUCCUAGGCCUGCUAUUGUGUGUGCUGGGCCCCGCUGUGUUGCAGGCCGGGAAAGUAUUGUUGGUCCCAAUAGACGGCAGCCACUGGCUGAGCUUGGUCGGGGUCCUCCAGCAGCUGCAGCAGAGGGGACACAAUAUAGUGGUCCUAGCGCCUGACGCCUCCGUAUACAUUAAGGAAGGAGCGUUUUAUACCUUGAAGAGGUACCCCGUGCCUUUCCGAAGGGAGGACUUCGAAGCGACUUUUAUCAGUCUCGGGCAUAGUGUUUUUGAGAAUGAUCCUUUCCUGCGGCGUGUGGUCAAAACCUACAAGAAAGUCAAAGAGGAUUCAGCUCUGCUUUUGUCUUCCUGCUCCCAUUUACUGCACAACAACGAGGUGAUGACCUCCCUGGUGGAAAGCAGCUUCGACCUGGUGUUGACAGACCCAUUCCUUCCUUGCGGCCCCAUCGUGGCCCAGUACCUGGCUGUGCCUGUUGUGUUCUUCUUGAAUGCACUGCCGUGCAGCCUGGACUUUCAGGGUACCCAGUGCCCCAACCCACCGUCCUAUGUGCCCAGAUCUCUGUCCUCUAACUCAGAUCACAUGACCUUCCUGCAGCGGGUGAAGAACAUGCUCAUUGCUUUGGUAGAGAGCUCUCUGUGCAGUGUGGUUUAUUCCCCGUAUGCGCCACUUGCCUCCGAAAUCCUUCAGAAAGACGUGACUGUCCAGGACCUUAUGAGCUCUGCGUCUGUCUGGCUUCUCAGAGGUGACUUUGUCAAGGAUUACCCCAAGCCCAUCAUGCCCAAUAUGGUUUUUAUUGGUGGGAUCAACUGUGUGAGCAAAAAACCACUAUCCAAGGAGUUUGAAGCCUAUGUCAAUGCUUCUGGAGAACAUGGAAUUGUGGUUUUCUCUUUGGGCUCCAUGGUCUCAGAGAUUCCGGAGAAGAAAGCGAUGGAAAUUGCUGAUGCUUUGGGAAAAAUACCUCAGACAGUCCUGUGGCGGUACACUGGAACUCCACCACCAAAUCUUUCGAAGAACACAAUACUCGUCAAGUGGCUGCCCCAAAAUGAUCUGCUUGGUCACCCGAAGACUCGUGCCUUUAUUACACAUUCUGGCUCCCAUGGUGUAUAUGAAGGAAUCUGCAAUGGCGUUCCAAUGGUCAUGAUGCCCUUGUUUGGUGAUCAGAUGGACAAUGCAAAGCGCAUGGAGACCCGGGGAGCUGGAGUGUCCUUGAACGUCCUGGAAAUGACUUCUGAUGAUUUAGCAAAUGCCCUAAAAACUGUCAUCAAUGACAAAAGCUAUAAGGAAAACAUCAUGCGCCUCUCCAGCCUUCACAAGGACCGCCCCGUGGAGCCACUGGACCUGGCCGUGUUCUGGGUGGAGUUCGUGAUGAGGCACAAGGGGGCCCCGCACCUGCGCCCUGCAGCCCACGACCUCACGUGGUACCAGUACCACUCUUUGGACGUGAUCGGCUUCCUCCUGGCCGUCGUGCUGGGAGUCGCCUUCAUCGUCUAUAAAUCUUGUGCCUUCGGCUUCCGGAAGUUCUUUGGGAAAAAAGGGCGAGUUAAGAAGUCCCACAAAUCCAAGACACAGUGAGAAGUGGGUGGGAAGUGAACCAAACUUGCAAAUGGGGUCAGUGUGAAAUUCAUGUUUUGCUUAUUCAAGAAAUACUGAGCCAUAAGUUAAACACCCCAGUGUUUUUAAAAAUGAAAACAAUCUAAUUGCUAGUCACGCCUAUAGAGAGAGAUAUUUGAAUAUGCUUUCUGCUUCUUCCAAUAUCUUUAAUCUGGACUCUCUUGUCAUCUUUCAAGUGACUUGCCAAGAGGAUGGACAGGUCCUCCUUCAUCCUGCAUUGCUUUUCUUACUCAGGUAGGGCCUGUUUGGGAGCGCGGGUUUCAGAGGUGGUCCCACGGCACCCCCACCUUGGAUGCUGAUUCUAACAUCAUCCUCUGGCUUCCGUAGACUGUUGUGAUCAAUUCCUUCAUCAAUGAUGGCAGAUCCUAAUUUAUGCUCAUGCUUCACAGAUGUCACUUGUGUGUUUAAAAAAGGAUAUGUUUAUUCCUGUAGGGCAUAGCUCCUUGCACUUGAAAUAAACGAGCAAUGUAGAGUCCUUC